AUGGCGCCAAAGGACAAAAAGAAGAAGAAGGUGACGGCGUUUCACAAGACGCCAAUCGAUGUAGCCAUGGCUCCACCAGCCAAUGACAAAUUUUGGUCCGUCGUCGUCGAGUUCAUGGCCAAGUACGGCGAAUGCCCCAGUGAUCCGAGCGAAUUCCAGAAAUUGUUGGACGAUUUUCUGGAUUACCUCCGCCAAAACUACGAAGGCGAUCCUCCCGAAUUUUUGCUGGAAGCCCAAGAAAACGACGAUGUCCUCGCGGUGUUUGCCGAUAUGUGUUCACGAGCCAGCACACCCAUUGAUGAGCUCCUCCAUGAACGAAACUGGAAGAGCGCUGCCGGUACGGACGAUGCGUUCUGGCUUCCACUGGCCCGAACGAUCCUCAAGCGAUAUUUGCAGGCCAAAUGCCCAGAUUUGGUCCCGGCACUGUUGGAGGUGGACAUGCACGGAUGUCAAGGCAACAUCGCCAGAUUCCUUUACAAGGUCUUCCUCAAUGAUUUGGUCGCCAAGACAAACCAGAUAUCAGAAGAAGAGUGGCCUGAAAAUCUGGAGGAGGAAUUGAAAGACCAACCACACCAAACACAAACCAAAAUUAUCUGGCACCGAUUCAUCCCGCUGAUCCAGAAACUCAUCGAACGCUACAAUAUCAAGGAGGAUGGAUUUCUUCCUCUGAACUUUUGCUCUGCGAUUCAGGAGUAUGUCAAUGAAGCCAAGGACAAACCAGAUUGCGUCUUGAUCGUUCGAAUCUUGAAGGUAGCUCGGAGGCCCCUCGAGGACCUUGCCAACGAUGGCAGCGACCCCAAAAUAUCCAAGAAAUUGCUGUUGCCACUUCUUCGGGCAAAGUACAAUCGCAGGCGCCUUGACCCAGAUUCAGUUUGGACCCGCUUCGCCAACGCAGCAAUGCAGCAUGACUUGAAUAAAGUUCCUACAACCAAGAAGUACCACGAAAUUCUGGACAAUCACAUCAAGGAACAGACCCUUCUUGAAGGAAAACAAGAUCAGCCGGUACUACAACAGCGGGAAAGUGGCGGUCGGGGGAAAAGUACUGUGAAUGAACCAAGCAACCGUCAUAGUCGCCUCCCGAGUCUACGUCAAUCCGUCGGGGAAGGGAAAGAAAACACGUAUGAAGGAAGAAACAAUGGCGGUGAUGCCGACCCUGGCAACUCGAAUGCAUCAAGCCAACGUCGAAGUCGCCGUCUUCCACGACAAGCCGCGGAGGAAGGGAAAGAAAAGGCGUCGAACGCACGGGGAAACAGCAGCGGUGAUGCGAAAGGUGGCAACAAGAAGCAAGAAGCGAAGGGUGCACGCAGUCGCAGAUCACCGGCUGCUGCGGCCCGCAACGAAUGCCAGCCCAAGGAAACUCGGCCGCAUCCAACAACAGGAGGAAACACUCUUGCUGUGACACAGUCGCCCACUUUUGUUGCUCCAAGCGCAACAGCUGGACAGCCCAAGGAAACUGUCCGAGCAGGAACUGGCAAUGAGGCUCGACACAACAAAGCGUCGCAUGGCGGGACCCUUCCCUUAGACAAACGGCAAGCGACAGAGGCCCAUGCCAGCCCUGCUGACAAUGACGACGACAGUACAACAAGUGAUGAGCAGAUUUUUAUGUCGAGUGAUGAGGAAUGGGAGGAUGAGGACCAUUCUGGAGCCGGAGCCAACACGUCUCAAAAUCAGAACAAGGCGCAAAUUGCCCGAUCAAAGUCUUCAGUAACGUCGUCCACAAGAAGCUCAGCAGACGAGAAAGCAGAUCUUCCAAACAAAAACCUGAAUCCAAGCCAGUCCACAGACGACGGCCAGGAAAAUACAACCAAGGAAGCGGUUGAAUCCGCCACGGCUGAAAGUCCCGUACCGACCGAACCAGCCACAAACACUCACAUCGAGGCUCGCACAAUGGCACCAACCGAAGCAACAUACAGCGAUGACGACGACGUCGAUGCAGGAUUUGUCAAUGAUGACGACCACAACAACCACAAAUCCAACGAGGCUUCCGAAAAAGGCGGCUCAAAGCAGGCGACAGGCAAGCCUGGUACAACCAAACGAAGCACCGAUUGCAACGGGCUGCAAGAAGAAAAGAAGGACGAAAGCUCUGUGGAGUCGGCAACGGCGCAUGUCGGAAAUUUCCUCCGCAAGGCCAUCGAUGAUGCAAUGCAGACUCUGGAGCAGCAGCUGAAUGAUCUCAAGAUCAAGAACCAUGCUCUGAUGAAUGAAAAGGAAGCUCUGGAGGCCGCCCACGCAUCGGAAAAGGCAAUCUUCAAGUCGCAGUCUGCAGCUCAGCUGCAGGAAAAACAAGACCGCAUUGCGACCCUUCAAAACCAGGUGAACACCCUGCAGGCGACCCAAGACCGGUUGGAGCAACAAGUGAACUCCCUGGAGAAGGAAAAGAACAACGUGUUGAUCUCUCAGGAAGCUUGGAAGCACCGUCUGUUGUCCGGUAUGUCCCAGGAGCAGCAGAUCGCGAUGAAGAAUGAAAACACCAAGUUGCGCAACGAAAAUUCCAAUCUGGUAAAAGCUCAGGAAGAGUUGAAUCGCAAGAUCGCCUCCCUCGUGUCCGAGAAGGAAAGUCGUGAGUCAGAGGAGAUCAACAACAACCGACAAGGCACCUCCGAGAUUGCUGUGAAGGGAAAACUCGAAUCAGUUUUGCAAAAUAAUAUCAAGCGACUCGAUGAGGUCAAACUGACUCACACUGUCCAACAUUCAAAUGGCAGCAACCCGACAGGGCCGAUCCUAACCAAGUGCACCCCAGGAGAGGAGAAGGGGGCACUCAAUGCCUGUUCCAAUGCUGUAGGCACUGUUGUGGGCAGCAGUGACAGCGGCAAGGGAGCCUCUGUGACAAUCAACGGUGCCAAGAAAGAUGAGAAGGCAACUUGUGUCACCUCGAAACUUCACCAUUCGACGCUCGCGCCAGCUGGCGGUGUCGAAGGGGAGAAGCGACAGCUGACCGCGGAAGAACAGUCUACUACUAGUGCAAAGUGCAAAAGCAUGGAGCCAAAGCCGGCCACCUCAUCUGGCCCAGAUGCAAAUGGGUCUUCCAAUGAUGCAACCUCCAGUUGUACGCCCACUGGUCCAGCGCGAACGGAGAGAGAUACAGAUGAUGUUCCAACUACGCCUAUACCACCUUCAGCUCUCUUGGCCACGGUUGAGACGUAUUCCAGUGAUGAGAAGACUGGAGAUGGGGCAGACGAUGGCUCUUAUCAGCCAAGAGCCAGAACUUCCGCUGUGAAACCUGACCCCAAGGAGCCUGGUGUUGCAGCCAUCCAGGAAGAGGCAAGAUCCACGAAUUCCGCUGCGAAACCUUCCCCCAAGGAGCCCGAUGUUGCAGCCCCGGAAGGUGCAACGGCGCCUCCAAGAGCUACACCUCACUCUGUGCCACCUGCUUCCAAGGCGUCCGAUGUUGCGGUGGCCCCGGAAGAGACAAGGGCUACGCUGAGUAGCAGCAUGGCCGAGGCUGACGACGUGGUAGCCGCUCCUAAAGCUACCCCACCUGGCAAUCUCUUGGCCAAUGCGGAGGUCAAUCAGACAGAUGGCGCUGGUGCUGGCGACAAUGAUGGCGACCAAACCAUCACAUCAAAACUAGUCAAGAAGACAGCAGUGGAGUUGGAGGAAGAACAUGCUCCAGCUACCCCUUCGCCGCCUGCUGAGGCCAAUCUGGAAGUACAUGCAUCUCUGGCAGAUCUGAUGGCGAUACAAAUGGCAAAACUUGCGAAAUAUGGUGGCUAA